AUAGUUUUACGCUUUUUCUUUGUUUAUAACUUUUUCUUUAUUUUUACCGAAAAGGCUGAAGAUCUUUUAGAUGAAAUUAAAAAAAAAUAAAAAAACUUUAUAAGUAACUUGUAACGACAAAAAAGAAAGUUGUUUUUAUAUAUUGCUAAUGGCAGAUGUUUAAGAAAAAAGAUAUUAUCAAAACAAUCAAUUCUGACAUACCCGCACGGUUUGUAAAAAAAGAUGGAGUUGCUGAAGAUAAUAUGGUUGGAGCGAUUCAAGCACCAACCAGAAAGCAAAAAACUCCUAUUCCCUUUCGAAAACUAAAUUUUCCUCCAAAUGACAUCUCCAUUUUGCGCUACCCAAAAGAUAACAAAAUUCCUUCGGAUGAAAUUUCUGAAUCAUAUAUUUCAAAUAAUUGUCAUAAUGUUGUUCACCAAAAAAAUAUUCGACAACGAUUUUCCCCUUCAUUUUUGCUGUUGCGCAAGAAAAAGCACCCUUCGGUUAACAAUUGUGAUUUAAAUGGAAUUAUUAAAGAAGAAGAUAUGACUGAUAUUGUUUGUUAUAAGGAUGUUGCAGAGCAUGAGUCAACUAAAUCAAUAACGAUGAGUCAACUUGAUGAUACACAACUUCAUGUGAUGGAUUUAGAAGCAUGUGAAAGAGAAUAUAAGGCAAGAAUGGAGUAUAUAAUGAAAAACUAUCGACACCCACCACCCUAUCAAAUCAAAAAGCAAGAUAAACCCAAAAUUCCAGCAGCUGAUACCCCUUUAAUCAGUAAAUUGCUAAAGGAAACACAACUAAAAGAUAAUACUAGUAUGAAUAAUUACUGGCAAUCCAAUUUAACAUUAGACAAUGAUAUUCCGCAAGUUAAAAAGAAGUUAUCUGUUAGUGAUAAACUUGUAAAAAGAACCAGGGAGCAAAUUAAUUUAGCUCAUAACAAUAACAAUAACAAUAAUUAUUAUAACAAUAAUAUCAACAAAGUUUCUUAUUUUAAUGUUGUAGACAAUAUGCAGAGGUUCUCUAAAGAUAGAGAUACUAUGAGUGCAGUAUAUGGGGAUCAAUAUAACCACAAUGAGGCAACAAUGAGGGGUUGCUCUUCUGUACCUAAUUUAUCUAUACAAUAUGAAAACUCUCUUGAAAGUAUAAUAAAUGCACAAAGAGUUCAACAACCCAGAGCACACUUAGAACCUGGGGAACUUGAACUUUUGAUUUCACACUAUAGAAAAUCAAGUUUAGACAUUUUAGCUCCUGAUAGUGCAAACAACUAUUUUACUCCUGAUAGUGCGAACAACCAUUUUACUCCUGAUAGUGCAAACAACUAUUUUACUCCGUAUCUUAAAGAAUCUCCUUCUUAUGUUCCACCAAGUGCAUAUCUUAAUGCUGAAAUCCCGGAUUGGUUACAAGUAUAUGCAAAAGCGUCUCCUGAUCUUGACAAAUAUUUAAAGUGGGAAAUGUUUCGCUAUCCAGAAUUAGAUUGUUGGCAAACUAUGCUUAAACGACUCUACAGAAAAGAAGUUGAACAAGUCGUGCUUUGGUAUGAAGAAUAUAGAAUUGCGCUUCAGCAAGAAGUAGAGAGACGAAGUAUUUCUUUUAAAAAAACUCAUGUUUAAGUUUUUGGUUCAGGUUUCUUGAAAUUUUUAAUUUUAAAUGAAAAAUUUUAUUUUUUUAUUUUUUUAUAUUCUAUUUUUUCAUGCUAUAGUUUU